GGGCCGAGAGAGGGAAGAAGGACCUGGUGGAGGGAAGCCGAACCAGGGCCGUGUUUUGGGGCCGCUUAUAGGUGCCGGGGCUCAGGAGCAUAACGGAGGCGAACUCGCAGGUAACAGCGGCCCGGGGACGCCGCCGUCAACGCCCCUUUACCCGCAGGCUCCUGGACCUGCCCUGGGAAGACGUGCUGCUCCCACACGUCCUGAGCCGGGUUCCACUGCGCCAGCUACUCCGGCUGCAGCGCGUCAGCCGGGCCUUCCGGGCGCUGGUGCAGCUGCACCUGGCUGGGCUGCGCCGUUUCGACGCCGCUCAGGUGAGCCAGUGGCCAGAGCCCCGCCCCCUUCUGGGUCCUGCCCUUGCCCUGCCUCCGGCCCAGCCCUGAACCCCCAGCCCCACUGUCUCCCCUUCCGGAUCCCCCUUGGGCCUCCAGGAAUGCCCGGAAAGCAAUCCACCCAGCGUGAAGUACCCUCAAAGGGCGAGUACCAGGAAUCAACUCAGAGGGUGGGUCCACAGAUCCCGCGGGCCGCAUUGGCCUGGCUGCUGCGGGACGCUGAGGGGCUGCAGGAGCUGGCGCUGGCGCCAUGUCACGAAUGGCUGUCGGACGACGAUCUGGUGCCGGUGCUGGCGCGGAAUCCGCAGCUUCGGAGUGUGGCGCUGGCCGGCUGCGGGCAACUGAGCCGCCGCACGCUAGGGGCGCUGGCCGAGGGCUGCCCCCGCCUGCAGCGCCUAUCGCUUGCGCACUGUGACUGGGUAGAUGGGUUGGCGCUGCGCGGCCUCGCUGACCGCUGUCCAGCCCUCGAGGAGCUGGACCUCACCGCCUGCCGACAGCUCAAGGAUGAGGCCAUCGUGUACCUGGCGCAGAGGCGCGGCGCAGGCCUCCGCAUCCUCUCGCUGGCGGUCAAUGCCAAUGUGGGGGACGCCGCUGUCCAGGAAUUGGCUCGGAACUGCCCAGAACUCGAGCACCUCGACCUAACCGGCUGCCUCCGCGUCGGAAGCGACGGUGUCAGGACAUUGGCGGAGUACUGCCCGGCACUGCGCUCACUGCGGGUGCGGCACUGCCACCAUGUGGCGGAGCCCAGCCUGAGCCGCUUGCGGAAGCGCGGCGUCGACAUCGACGUGGAACCGCCCCUGCAUCAGGCGCUGGUGCUGCUGCAGGACAUGGCGGGCUUUGCACCCUUUGUCAACCUGCAGGUCUGACACGCCUGCCGAUGGGCACAGCUGGACUGUGUGGCAGGGACUAUGAACUGUAGGGAAACUGAACUGUGGGGGUCUCAGGUGAGAGGCCAAUGCCCUACCCAAUCCUGAAGCUUCCAAUAAAGAGCGUUUUACCCCCUC